AUGCUGCUGAAUCUUGCCGUGACAGCAGUAUUGGGCAGCUAUCCAGUAGCCACGGAGGUUAAUGAAAAGAUCCCUAGAGUGUUGGGCGCAACAGCUUUUACGAUCGACAAUGUCAUGUAUGCGUAUGGUGGCGAAUACCGAGCCAACGAGCCAUCCAAUUACUUUUCGGCGUUUUCGUUUGAUGCGACCACGGGAGAUCUCAAUUACAAAGCUCUUAAUGAAUAUGGCCCACAUGUGGCACAUGCAGAGAUUGCUCUUAUGCCUGAUAAUGCAUCCUUCACGUUAUUUGGUGGAUAUUAUCAAGAUACCUUGUUCGAUCAAGCACCCAUGCAUGCCUAUCAUUAUACGUUUGAAAACGAUACGUGGUCACCUUUGGCCGUCACCUUGCAACCUGACGACAAUACAACCAUCCCUCGUGCUCGGCAGAAUUUCAAAGCUAUCAUGGCAUCCGAUGGUCUUGUUUACAUCUUUGGUGGUCUUAAAGGUCCCUACGAUCCAAGACCACGCCAUGACUUUUGGUCAUAUGAUCCCUCAACGGGUGCAUUUACGCAGCGUCCCUACCCUGGUUUCACCAUGGAUAGCUAUACUGCCACGGCUCUUCCGGAUGGUAGGAUUGUCUACCUAACAGGAAGAUAUUUUGUGCCACCAGCAACUGGUUUCCCCACUCCAAGUGAUAUGGCAGUCAUCUACCAUACAAAUGAUGGUACCUGGGAAAAUGUCACCAUCGACACAACCCACAGCACUGGUCCAGCUCGACCAACUACAUACGCUACAGCAAUUCUUGGUCCUGAAAAGCGAUACAUUUACUUGUUUGGAGGUGAUGAUUUCUUUGCCGCCUACAAUCGUACUUACUAUAAUAAUUUGUACGUGCUUGAUACACAAACGUGGACGUGGUACGAACCUGAGAUCCAAGGAACAGCACCCAUGCGUCGCUCGUAUGCCACGGGUGCCUUGAUCACCAAUGAGUAUAUGGUAUUUGCUUUUGGUGGCAUCAACACUGAAUACACCAGCAAUAUGGAUGUGCUUAAAUUGCCCACUCCCAAUAGCAAUGGUGAUCUUGAUUUCUCAUCGGGCAAAUGGGUAACCAACGUGGUGACGGAUGAAAUCGAGGACAUGAAUGCAUCACCUGAAGGGCUCAAGGGAGGGAUCAUUGCAGCUAUUGUGGUCGUGGUUGUGAUUGCUGUAUUGAUCAUGGCUGCCAUCUUGUAUCGUUUCCGACACCGUGCCAAGCGUCUCAUUAUGCGUAUCCACUAUGACAUUUGGAAUCCAAGAACGGGAGAACCAUUAUGGGCAGAGACAUUGCGAUUGGUAUCCAAGGUCCUGCUUCUCUUUUUGUUUGUGGCCUUUUUUGUCUUUGUUCUAUUACAGGUGCUACGAAGCCCAAAGGCUACCUUUACCAUCACAACCAUGGCUCCUGGAGGUUUGGUUGCCAUCCCAGACAUCCGAUUUUGCUUUGAAGGUUUCCCAAUCAUGGUUCGAGAGGAUACCCAGCGUCCUUAUCGCACGUAUCCACUUGUGAGCUGUGACACUGAUGCAGGCGUCACAUGCAUUGACAACAUUGAGCCUUUGGAUUUAUCUAUCCACUCGCCUUACUUUGUGAACGAUCUUGGCAAUUUAACAUGUUAUCUUUUCCGCCCUGGUGAUAUGAAAUUGGCACCUGAAUCGAUCCCACAGGCGAACAAUGGAACUCGUUUACACUUUCAAUUUUACGUUUUGGGUGAUGGUGUUGCCACGGGUCGUACCCAUGUUACUGUAUAUCCUCCUCGACGUGAUCCCAAUGCCUAUGUAUACUUUGGCGAUAGGAGCCAAAUCUUAUCCGAACAAGAUGUCAAGCAAUGGAUUGAGCAAGAUCGUAAUGAUUUCGAAUCGCAAACAGUGAUCGAUUUUGCACCCUUGGACCGAUCUUUUGUUGAAUACCAGCUUGUGAAUCAAGAAUUCCUCCAAGAUGUAGGAUGGAAUUAUGUGGGUUUUUCACCCGUGCUCAACAUGACGCCAUCGAUCACCGUGACCGAACGUACACAAUCACAAGAUCCAGCCAACCAGCAACCCAAUCUGAAUCAAGGCGUCAUUAACGAAAUGUACAUCAAAUCAGCUACACCAACGACGCUUGUAGAACGUGAACAAAAGAUCUUUUCGCUUUUGAAUGCACUUGGUUUCUUGGGUGGUCUGUUUGGAUUGUUCAUUGCAUUCCAAACACUCGUGUUUGGUUAUCGUGCAAGAUCACCUUUUGGUUUGAUCCAUCGUUGGUCGUUUGGUAGUAUGCGUCGUUCGAUUUCGGAUGGGCUUAAAGAUCGCUUUAGCAUCAAUUCAUCCACCACGGCAGUGCCCCUUGUCACCCCUGUGCAUCAACGAUACUCACUCGACUUGAGAAAUUAUGGUCCAGCACCUUAUUACGAUGACAACAAGAGCGUAUUGAAUGAUAUGGGGUCCACACAUACCAGUGAUAGCAGCAGCAAUCCAAUGCCACAACAACAACAUUAUCAUCCCACUGCUGCUGGGGCUGUAUUUGCAUCCGAUGAAAGCCGUCGUCUUGCUAAUGUGGAGGAUCGUAUGCAGCUUAUGGAAUUGUUAUUCAAAUCUUACUAUGUUGAUGAUGAAGUCUUCCGCACCCUUGACUUGGCUCUUAAACAACGUGAGGAUCAGCAGCAACAGCAACAACAACAAAAUCAAGCUCGCAACUCGCGUCGUAAUUUUGCACAAUUCAUCCGUGGCAAUAGCGCUUCGGGUGCACAACAAGAAGGCAAGAAUGUUAGCAAUGGUCAAAGGAUAAGCGAAGAUCGUGGUUUGCGUCGAUACUCUACAAGCUCUUCCCUAUCAUCUGCUCCAAACCCAUUCCAGACGAUUGAAAUGGCCCAACCAGUAGCGGCGCAUGAAGAGCAACAUCAUCAGCCUCCUCGUGAUACCACCACUACCACCGAUAACAACAAGGUCGGCUAA